UUGCCUAAAUGUCUAUUGUCUUCAUCAAGCACACAAUCUUUAUCCAGUACACCACAUUUAUCUUCACACACAUCAAAGACUCUUCAUUAUUCACUCAACACUUCACAUCCAUCAAGCACAGUGCAUUCAUCCAGUACUUUACAUCCAUCAAGCACAAUGCAUCCAUCAAGUACUGUUCAUUCAUCCAGUACUCUACAUCCAUCAAGUACUACUGUUCAUUCAUCCAGUACUUUGCAUUCAUCAAGCACUUUGCAUCCUUCCAGUACUCUACAUCCAUCAAGUACUACUGUUCAUCGAUCAAGUACUACUGUUCAUCCCUCAAGUACUCUACAUUCAUCAAGUGCAAUGCAUUCAUCACACCCACUAAGUUCUUCCACUUCACAAAAUUCAACGAGCUCAUCCCUACAUUCAAUAACUGCUCCACCUUCAUCAAAUUCAUCAGUUAAUACUCUUUCAAGUACACAUAGUAUUCUGCAGCCUUCAGUUAGGAGCACAUCAACUACAAUAAAACUAUCUACAACCUCAUCAACUCUUGCAGUAAACUCAUCAUUAAGUUUUUCUCCUGAACCAUCUAUUGCAGCACAUUCUUCUGGAAAUAAAAAGACCCUAAUAGGAAGUUUAGUAGGAGUUGGUGUUAUUUUAAUUAUAAUCAUCAUCAUCGUUGCUGCAGUGUAUUUAAUUGUAAAGACUCGAAGGCAUCAUGAUUAUCGUUCUUUGAGAGCAAUAACCAUUAAAGCUGAAGACUCUGAGGAUGAGGAUGAUGAUGAUGAUGAAGAGAGAAUUAGUUUAAUAGAUCCAGAAGAUGAAGAGAUUGCUGAUGAGAAGAUUGCUGAUGAGAAGAUAAGAGCUGACGAGAAGGGUAUUGAUCUCAAGGAAAUGGGCAAGGGAGUUGCUCACUUUCAGCCAUCGUUGCAUUCUGAUGAUGAGACUGAUGUUCCUCCAAUUGACAUUGAAAACUAAUUCUUUUGCUGGUGUUUUACUUACUUUAUUCAAGCCAUAAAUAUUUUCAAUAAUAUAUGCAUAUAAUAAUAAUGAUAAUUAUUUUAUUAAGCUGGAAACUUAUUAAAACUGUAGUGUGAUAAAAAAACAUUUGGCCGAUGACUGGUGUAAUGAAUUAA